AUGGCAAUUCAGCUUAAAUGGCCAUGGCUGGGUAUAGCUAUUCCCACCUUCUUAAUAUCCUUUAUAGGAUAUAGUGCUCAUUAUUUCAUACUGUUGGAUCAUCUAUCAUGGAAGUUACAACUUUGGUUCCAAUUUUCACUAUCUAUGAUUUGGUUAUCUUACUAUUUAGCAAUAAAAGCUGAUCCAGGUUCGCCUAGUAUAGCUGAUAAAAAUGAAGAUAUAAAGACAAUAAGAACAUACUGCAAGAAAUGCGAUGCUUACAAACCUCCCAGGGCCCACCAUUGUAAAACUUGUAACAAAUGCAUUUUAAUGAUGGAUCAUCAUUGUCCUUGGACGAUGAAUUGUGUUGGAUUCAAGAACUACCCACACUUUUUGAGAUUUCUAUUUUGGGUUAUAGUAACUACAGCAUUCCUUUUGGCCCAAUUAUUUCGUAGAAUUGGGUUUAUUUGGACUAAUUGGUAUUCUAGUAGUGCAUUGGUACAACGACAAGAAAUUGUUAUGCUGACCAUAUUAACGCCGAUGGAUGCAUUCAUCCUAUUGACAAUAACGCUUCUUCUAAUAAGAUGCACAAUGAACCAAAUUUUUAGUGGUAUGUCUCAAAUUGAAAAAUGGGAAAUGGAAAGGUUGGAAUCGUCUUUCUACUCAAGGAAAGAGAAGUCAAGGGACUUUCUAAUGAUUUUAAUAAAUAACGUAUUUACAAUAUUUUCUAUUGAAUCACCUGAAGAUUACCAAGAAGAAGUUAAUGGUUUACUGCGGCAGCAUGACAAGAGAAGAUUAGCAUUCCAUUCCAUUAUAAACUUCCCAUAUGAUAUAGAUAUCUUAACAAACGCAACAUGCGUAUUAGGCCCUUUCUUUUCUUGGCUAAAUCCAUUUGGUGCACCAGAGGGUGACGGGAUGCACUUUGAAUUAAAUGAGAUAGCAAGCGAGAAAGCGUCCACUUUAGCUGACCUGCUAUUGUCACUGCCAUGGCCACCUGAUACCUGUACCAGUAAAUAUGGGAAGAGCAUUGAUGAAGGGACUAAAUACGUCGAAACACAUAUUGAAGGCGGUGAAUGUGUUCUAAGAAACAGAACUGUAAGCCCUUCUUUCGAUUUACCUACGGCGAAUGAGAAUCAGCUUUCAAGAAAAAGUUGGACUAAUGAGUGGGGUGAGAAUUUACAAGCGUUUGGCGUGGAUAUAGAAGGUGAAUAG